AUGAAGCCGAAGUCCUCGCCUCACCCAAGCUGGUCAUCCACCACGACAAAACCGCAGCACGUAUCCGUAUCCCGGCGCCAGCGCUUGGUCCAGCAGCAAGCAGAACGCAGCUCCGCUCGGUACAUAAAUCUUGCCAUCGAAACCACAGCUUCCCUCCCCUACGAGCUGCGCACCAAGAUCUACAAACUCGCACUCUGUAGCACCACGCCGCUGCCGCUCCUGGUUGAACCAUCUCAGUCGAAGUGCAAGGGGAUCAGGCUUAUUACGGACCCGGAAGUCGUGGGCUGGAGCGACGCAGAGUUCUGCCGCAAGCUCUACUACUCGCAGAACGUUUUCGAGUGCGAGGAGAAGGAGCUGACGUACUCGGAGAUCAAGCCAAUGGGGCACAAGACUCAUCCACAGUCUGAAGCUGCACUUGAGCGACGAGCGGUCACUGCGCGAGAGUAG